AUGGCCGUCCAGCUUACCUUAUAUGUUGACCCUCGCUGUGGAGGCUGUGCUUUUGUGAGGCUGUUCAACUCGGGCAAGAAGUUGGUUUUCUCAUGCAUUCCUCAAUCGGACACGGCGACGGAGCCGGCGGAGGCUUGGGGUAUCCCAGCUCCGACAGGAGGCAGGUGCACCGGCCAACGUCGCAACUUCCAGCCUCCCAAAUCGACUGCACCUUCGUCCUUCACUCACAACCUCAUCACCCGUCACCCGACCUCCAAGACCGGUGCUGAGACCUCAAUCCACCUCAAAUUUUCUGCAUUGUUUGCACUGGACGGUUGGUCCGACGAAGUGACGUGGGCUGUGGGACAUGAUUCCAUUAUUCGCAACGUCGUCAUUCUCAUAUCAGCAAAGCGCCAACCUCAGCGAGAUGACGAGCGGUGUCCUCUCCAAAUGAUGAUGGGCAUCCUCGAUAUCCUCUUGCGGCGCGCUCUUGCAUCCUUUACCGCAACCCAGGCGUUUCUACCGCUUCGAAACCUCGGGAACCAUCAGACCAAGCAUCCCACCAUCAUUUGUCGCGCCCCCAUGCCGCAUUGGUGUCGUUUCGGAUUGAUCUUCCCCACGAGGAGCGCAGUCUUGGGUCGCAUUUCAGACGCGCGUGCUCAAUCGGCGCUUCGCAAGUGCGAGGCGUUUACAACGUGUCAAUCUUCGAAUAUCGGAAAACGUCUCGCAGAGCGCGACAAAAACCUGCUAACCAACUCACCAGCUUUCGUGAUAUCCGUCCUUUUUGGACACAGGCAUUAG